AUGAUCCAAACUCAUAAUGAAUAAUGUGAUCACUUCUAAAAAGAUGAACUUAAUGCAUUAUCUGCCAUCUAUUUAUCAGACUUUGAAUAAUUAAAAGAUGUGCAUCCUUAUUCAUUUUAAAUUAUUGUUGCCCCAUUUGUACCAGCAGAUUAAUUUUAUCAUGAAAAUGUUGUAUAUUGCAAAAUUUUCAUUGCCUUCCCAGAUGAUUAUCCAUUAAAAUCAUAAAGAUUUCAUUUUGAAAUUUAAGGCUUAAGUAGAAAUUUUACUUAGGAUUUUUUAAUAAGAGCAAAAAAGAUAUGUGAAUAAGUAAUUGAACAACAUGAAAAAGAAGCUGAUUGUUAACCAAUAGUAUUUGCAGUUGUAGAAUCAUUAAGAGUAAUUAUAUAUCAAUACAUUUUUAGGAUUAUGUUUAUGAUUAAUCUAUGUAUUUAUAAGAAUUAUACGAUCAAUAAAAUUCAAAAGCAGAUGAUAGUUAUAUCUAUAUACCACCUAUGCCUAAAUUUGCUACAAAUACACCUGUUAGUCUUGAAACAUUCACUGCUUGGAAGAAGAAAUUUGAUUAAGAGAUUUAUGAGAUUAAAAAAAGAGAAAAGAAUUUUAAUUAAUUAGAAGAAAUGAUGAAAAAAAUUAGUGGAAAAUAAUAUUUUGAUAGAAAAUAAAAUAAAGAAGAUGAUGUUGAAAUCUAACAAAUUAUCAAUGAAGAUGAUGAUGUUGAAGAAUUAGAAGAUGAAGAUUAUUAAGGAGAAGAUGAUGAUAAUGAUGAAGAAGACCAAGAUAGACCAGUAAAUAUUUCUAAUUUCAUUUUUAGUUGUAUGAAAGAGAAUAACUUGAAUGAUUUAUGUAAUUAUGAAAUUAUCUUUAAACAUUUAAUUACUUAAUGGUUGC